UCUCAGAGAGAAAAGGUGAUCAUCUCAAAACGACUUUAGUCAAAGCUUGAGAGUUCCACAGACAUGUUCUUUACUCCACUUUGAGACUUUCAUUUCGCGUAAAGUUUGUAAUAAUAAAUCACCAUAGCAACAUGUUUGCGAUAAUCUCCUCCCCCCACGACCUCACCACUUCUUCCUCAUCCCGCUACCGGCACCGGCACCACCCCCACCGCCACCAGCUGUACUGCCAAUUUUGUCAGCGUCGCUUCACGAAAUCCUACAAUUUGAUGGUCCACGAAAGAUCACAUUUCGAAAUUCGAAGGAAUGAAAACGACUCAGCGACCGCGUACGUUUGCGACGUUUGCGGGAAGGGCUGGAAGUCCAGGGAGCAGUUGAGGGAGCAUCGUUCUCAGCAUUCGCCCGGAGGGUCCUCGACUUCAUCAAAUUCGUCAAAUUCUUCUUUCUACUUUUAUUGAUGUUUUUUUUAUGUGGAGUGUAAUUUUUUGUAACCAUGGAAACGAGCGGAUUUGUAUAUAGUUUUUAGUAAAUAACGGAUUUUUUUUGUAUAUUUUUAUUGAUCUCGUUUAAAUAAAUUUUUGUUUUUAAAUGGAAA